ACCGAAGAGCGGAAUUGAAAAGGUGAAACUUGGAAAGCUGAGAGAGAAAAAGACGAAGCCAUGUCGCUGCAACUGCAAGCCCUAGCUUUUCCUCUUCUGCGCACCAAGACCAUAAACCCUAACGCCAACCACUCCGCAUUCCUUUCGCCGAGCUCGGUUGGUUUGGAAUGCCAUGGCGUCUGCCUGGGAGAUAAUAGGAAGAAGAUGAAGAAGAAGAAGCAAGCCGUGAAAUGCCGCCAAUCGGAUUAUGUCGACCGACCCAGGUUUAGCGAUUACAGUACUUCCGCUGAAACCUCAGGAGCAUCGCCCUUUCGGGUUUUUGUCGGGCAUACGAUAUAUAAAGGGAAAGCUGCUCUUACAGUUCAACCAAGAUCACCGGAGUUUGUCUGUUUAGAUUCGGGAGCAUUCAAGUUAUCCAAGGAAGGGUUUGUGCUCUUAGAAUUUGCUCCUGCUGCCGGUGUUCGACAGUAUGAUUGGAGCAGAAAACAGGUCUUCUCCCUGUCAGUAGCAGAAAUUGGAAAUCUCGUUAGUCUUGGUCCAAAAGACUCGUGUGAAUUUUUCCAUGAUCCUAACAAGGGAAGAAGUGAUGAAGGAAAAGUGCGAAAGGUGUUGAAGAUUGAACCGCUUGCUGAUGGCUCUGGCCACUUCUUUAACCUCAGUGUUCAAAACAAGUUGCUGAAUGUGGACGAGAGCAUUUACAUUCCUGUUACCAGAGCAGAGCUCGCCGUUCUGGUCUCAGCCUUCAACUUCAUCUUGCCCUACCUGAUGGGUUGGCAUGCCUUUGCGAGCUCCACCAAGCUAGAGGACGCCAACCACACGAACAAUGCCUCGCCCAGUUAUGGUGGUGGAGACUAUGAAUGGAACAGGUAGAGUUCCACAAAUCAUGGAUCUUUGAAAGAAAAAAAAAAUCUUAUCCUUGUAUGUUUUGUGCUAAAUGGAAAAAUCACUCGAACUGGAAUCUAGGAGAGGAUGAUCGGUUUGGUUUGUCAUGUGGCUCUCUCGUAGGCUUUUCCGGCCAGUUUUGUAUUAAAGAGCCUCUCCAAAGACAUUGUUCUUGCUUUGUUUUUUUUUAAGAACCAGCCAAGAACAUAAUCAACUACUCAUCUUUGGUUGUCGUUGA